AUGUCCUACCUUAAUAAUCCUGCCGUUGUGAUGGAUAAUGGUACUGGUUUGACCAAGUUAGGUUUUGCCGGGAACGAUUCUCCAUCCUGGAUUUUCCCAACUGCAAUUGCUACCUCUCAAGGCAAUUCUACUGCAUCAAAGAAGAUGACAAGUAAUUCUACCUCAGGAUCAAAUGCUACAGGUAGUGGUAAUCCAUAUUUCGGAAAUUCUACAUCUGCAACUUCAUUUAACAAUUUGAACUCUAGCAUGCUAUUAUCGAAUAAUCUUGCUGGUAAGAGAGGUACUGAAGAUUUGGAUUUCUAUAUUGGUAAUGAAGCUUUGAUUGCUUCUCAAGGUCCAUCUUACUCUCUAAGUUACCCAAUUAAACACGGUCAAGUUGAGAAUUGGGAUCACAUGGAAAGAUUUUGGGAAAAUUCCAUCUUCAAAUAUUUAAGAACUGAACCCGAAGAUCAUUAUUUCUUAUUGACUGAACCACCUUUAAACCCACCAGAAAACAGAGAACAAGUGGCCGAAAUUUUCUUUGAAUCCUUUAACUGUGCUGGUUUAUAUAUCGCUGUUCAGGCUGUGCUUGCAUUAGCAGCCUCUUGGACAUCUUCCAAAGUUACCGAUAGAUCACUAACUGGUACCGUUAUAGAUUCCGGUGAUGGUGUAACACAUGUUAUUCCCGUAGCUGAAGGUUUUGUUAUCGGUUCAGCAAUUAAAAACAUUCCAAUUGCUGGUAGAGAUAUUACAUUGUUUAUUCAACAAUUGUUAAGAGAACGUGGUGAAGCUGACACUUCUUUAAGGACAGCGGAACGUAUUAAACAAGAGUACUGCUAUGUUUGUCCUGAUAUUGUAAAAGAAUUCAAUAAAUUUGAUAAAAACCCGGAUAAGUUUGCCCAAUUUAUUGUUGAAAAUCAAGAAAAGACCCAAAAGAAAGUAGUUGAUGUUGGGUAUGAAAGAUUCUUGGCCCCAGAAAUUUUCUUCAACCCAGAAAUUGCCUCUUCUGAUUUCUUAACACCUCUACCAACUAUUGUAGAUCAUACUAUUCAAGCCUGUCCAAUUGAUGUACGUAAGGCAUUGUAUAAUAAUAUCGUUUUAUCAGGUGGUUCCACUAUGUUUAAAGAUUUUGGUCGUCGUCUACAGAGAGAUCUAAAAUCUAUUGUUAACAACAGAAUCGCUCAAAGUGAAAGAUUGAGUGGUACCAAAUCUACAGGUGUUGAUGUUUCCGUUAUCUCUCACAGAAAACAAAGAAAUGCUGUUUGGUUUGGUGGUUCAUUAUUGGCACAAACAGCCGAAUUCAAAAGUUACUGUCAUACUAAACAAGAUUACGAUGAAUAUGGUCCAGAGAUCGUUAGAAAUUUCAGUCUUUUUAACAUGGUAUAG